AGAGACGCUUAGUUUAGGCUUAGUUUUAAAUGUCGCAUGAUUAUUUGUUUCUGUUUUGUUCUUUGGCGGUUUUAGUGUUGUAAAAUGAAAAAUUUUUAUCAAUCUUAAUAAAUUUGUUUAAUUAAAAUAGGCAAAUAUAGUAAUUAUAUUAACAACGAAAGUUACAAAAGCUUAAAUUUUGAAUGCAAAGAUUUACAAAUGAAUGAAGCAAGCUCUGAUGAAGAUGAAAAUAGCAAAGGAGUGUUUUCUAAUCCAGCUUGUGAUACUGUUGAUUGGGAAAUUGAAAAUUUAGUAAAGGAACUUUCUGAAAGUGUACUGGGUGCAAGUCACAAUAUGAGGAAUAUUAGCAGUCUUUUGUUGAAGUUCCAAGAUAAUCAAGAAAUUCAAGAUAGUGAUGUCCAGAAGGUGGAAGAAAAUUCGGAAUUCUGCAUUGGACAUGGUCUUUCAAAAAAGAACCAACAAAAAAGUGUUUUAUCUUCUAGAAGUAUAGAUGCUUUUGUUAAUCCUGUUUCCACCAGUACCCCAAGAAAAACCACAAAUGGUAAACUAUCCAGGAUAAACACAAUGACAGGAGAUUGUAAUGUUGAACUUGAGAAAAAUAAAGAAGAUACGUUUGAACCUAGUAGACAUGAAGAAAUGAUCACAGCUCCUCAUCCUCAAACAGAUAGAAGGUCAGGAAAUAUUAGGUGUCCAGACUUUGCCAUCCAUCUAGGACCAUAUCUACAAUAUGUUGGAGAGAAGUUUACUACUUUAUCUGUUCAGAACUCUAUGUCCAAAUCACCUUCUAACAUCCAGUUUCAGAAGUUAAAGAAAAUGCUGGCAGAGAAAGAAAAGGCUGUACUAGAGGCAGAAAAGAAACUUAGCAAUAUAAAGAAGAAAGCUCAAAUUAUUAUUAAGAGAUGGAAGGAAAAACAUAACCAAGUUGUUCUAGAAGCAGAGAUCAGCAGAGACCAUUUUCUGAAGAAAGAACAGCAUGCAAGGUGGCUUGAAGAUAAAUGUGCCAAACUGGAAAAUGACAUUAGCUUGUAUCACAAAGAAAUGUACAAAUUGAAAAAUGAAAGAGAUUUGUUGUUGGAGUUGAAAGAUCAACUUGAUUUCUCUAACAUGCAGCAAGCUACAGUGGGAGAGAAGCUAAGUGAGUUGAAGGAAAAACUUGGUCAGGAAAAGGCAAAUCAUAAUGAAGAAUUGAAGCAACUCCUUAAAGAAGUCCACACACUCAAGGUAAAAAACAUUCUCACUUACAGAUUAUAUUAUAGGUUUCAAAU